CUGAAGCCUGGAAUUCAAAGCAUUCAGCCCCCUGUUAUCCAUACAGCCUGUCUUAAACCCCUUAUGUAAAGAAAAGCUCACUCUAAGCCUGGUUAGUUGUAGUAUUUCACCUUUCUUCUCUUACGCUGCACCCAAAGACUGAACAUGUCUACAUGAGACGCAUUUAAACCCAGAGAGGUGGAACGGCAGCUGCUCGAGUGAAAUCAUGACCCAGUAACUCAAGAUAAUCCACAGACCUUGUUGUGAGCAGUUUCAUGUGGGAACUAUUUUCUUUCUACCGAACUACAUCCAUGAGUUGUAUCACUGUGCAAAGGAAAGCGUGUUCCUGUAGGGCCUCACACAUCAAACCCCAUCAUGUUGAAGUUUCCACCAGAGACAAUUGUCCACAAGGGCAAUGUUUUCUACCUCCUCUAUGGGGUCGGAGGACUACUGAUGACGGUCACUGCUGGGAGCCGUUGUGUUGACGUUGCUGUGAGGACGGCCCAGAACCCUGCUAACCUGCUGCGCCUGUCAAACACACUCAUCGGGCUCAUGGGCCUCCGAUACCAAAAAAAGAAACCUGCGAACUCUGUGGCAAAACAAAAACUCAAGAGGCUGUUUUUAACUGACAGUUUCAACAGCCUCCUCGAUAUGACGAGAUCAACGCUACAAGGAACUCAUCAUUUCACAGUUUUAUGCUGGUUUCCUGAGAAGCAAACAAAUGUAGAGUCUGCUCACUGCGUCUCAGCAAAAAGAUGCGGGAUUUAUUACAUCCUCAUUUGUGUGAGCGGCUGCCAGCCUGUUCUGACACUGCGUUUAGGAAACAACAGCAAACUGAAAACCUACAGUCCUGCAAAUCAGCUACAGUGGUUGAUUGAGUUUAGCAGCUGGGCGCAGGCACGAGGAGACGAGGUUUUUCUGUUACUAGAAGAACAAACCAGACAAAUCAGCUCUGGCUCUGACACAAAUGGUGCCACACAUGAGCGUCACCCUACAAGUCUGACCCUGGUCUUGUCGGCACUGUCUGUCGUCCUUCUGUGGAUGUUCCUGCCUCAUAUUGCAGUUUUCGCUGCGAUCUGUUUAGGCUGGAAGGUACAGCAACGUAUCCACUGAGCGCCGCACUCACAAAGAAAAUAAUCCAGGCUUUCAUAUCUGAUUUACAGUAACUCAAUGUUUUGGCCCGAGCCUCUUUUUGCAACUGGCUCCAGAGCACUGCAGCAAAGCUUCUAACAAGAUCAGAAAACCAUAUUACCUUUUCUCCUACCUCUCUGCAGUGGCUCACAUGUUAGCUUUAGAAUUGAAUCUACUGUUCUGAUAUUUAUCCACAAAGCGCUCUGUGGCCUUGGCCCUAAAAAUGUGCUGUAUAUCUGAGUUCCGUAAAAGUGAAGUAAAAAC